CGGGGAGGAGAGGACGUGAGCAAAUCACCUCUACAGGUCCUUAUAGCCACCCAGAUUGAUCCCAACGAACUGCAGGAAUUGUUUCAGGAAACUUCAGCCAACGUCUUCCGAAUUAACUCCAAUGUGACUUCCUUGGAAAGAAGCCUUAGAUCCCUGGGGACCUCAAACGAUACACAAGAGCUGCGAGAUGGACUGCAUGAGACUCAGCAGGAGACCAAUAAAACCAUCACUACCAGCACCAAAGCUAUCAAGCAGCUGUCUGAGGUUGUCAGAGGCUCAUCCAGGCAAGAGCGGCUUCAGCUGGACAGGUUGAAGAACCAGCUGUCCGAUGCCAUCCAGCGAUACGGAGCUGUACAAAAGAAAAUAGCAGAGAAGUCCAAAGCUUUGCUUCCCACAGGGCAGAGAAGCAGUAAACAGCAGAGUCCCCGCACUCCUUUUUCUGACUUGGCUGAUGAUGAGAAGAUCUUCAAUGGAGGGGAUAGCAUGUGGCAGAGCCAGGAUCAAGAUCAAGCCCUGCUCUCAGAAAUCACCGAAGAGGACUUGGAGGCCAUCCGUCAACGGGAGGAAGCCAUCCAGCAGAUUGAGAGUGACAUGUUGGAUGUCAACCAGAUCAUUAAAGACCUGGCCUCCAUGGUCUAUGAGCAAGGAGACACAAUAGAUAGUAUUGAAGCCAACAUUGAGACUGCAUCUUCUAAUGUAGAAUCAGCCAACGAGCAGUUGGCUAAGGCCAGUCAGCACCAAAAACGAGCCAGGAAGAUGAAGUGCUGCCUUAUCACCGCUGGCCUGACCUUUCUGCUGUUUGUUGUCAUCAUUAUUGCAGUCUCCAUCAAACGCUGAUCCCACUGACUUCCACAGAGCACCUGAUCACACCGUGAAGUGGAACGGACUCUGAGCGUGCUUCAGAUUCAGGCCAUACGUCAAUGUCUGCUUUACUGAAUAUAUUAUUAUAUUAAAACGGCUGUAACCAAUAAACACUGUAAUUGUAUGAAAGGAAAGCUAGGUUUUGUACCAUUUAUUAGAAAUCGUGAAUGAGUUUUCCCUUGAUUUCCUUCAAUUAAGACGGAGACUGUGCUUGACCUUGUUUUAUGGAAUUUACUUGUCCUAUGUAUCUGGAGAACGUUGUCCCAUUGCUGCCAAUGCCUGGCAUUUCGUGUGCUUGAAGAUAUGUAGCUGUGAGUUCAUCUUUAUUGUUUGUUCUCUCAACACGUUCCUGAUCGCUAAUUUUGUUCAUUUAAAGCCAUGAAAGUCAA